AUGGCUAAUGAUACUUGGACGCACCAGAGCAGGGAACAUAAUCCAGGAGAAAGGACUGACGUGUCGAACAGCCUGGACUUGUCUGGCAGCACGCUGAUCGGUUCCGCCCCCGUCGAAUACGAUCUUGCUAACAUCAAAUCGGAGUUGCACGGACUGGGACAACAUGACGCUGGCGAGCACGGGGAAAGGACCACAUUGACACCUGCUCUCGACGAGCGCUGGAGACAUCGCGAGGAUCGGGAUGCCAGGCCAGAGCGGAAGCGCAAGCGCAAGCACACCAGGCAGAAGGUCACUCAAGUGGUCAGCGUGGUCGACACGAGGAUAUGCGCCAGGAGACGUGGCCGCUUUUUCAUACGACAAAACUCUCCAGUGCCUCGGAGUCCCUCUCACGAGGUCAAGGUCGAAGAGGACGCUGGAUUUCUGCUGGCAGAUCCUGUCGAUGUCCGAAGGGCACCAACUGUCGACAUACCGUCGAAACUUGAGAAGCUCGUGGAUCAGUCACGAACGAGCUCGCCUCCUCGCCUUGCGAUAGACGACGUGCUGAGGAUACUUGCCGACGUGCAAGUGGACGACUCGGUUGUGUUCAAGCUCGGUGCAAUGUUUUUGGGCAAGAGAUUUAGCAUGUUGGGGAGCCUAGACGCUGUGUAA